AGCUAGGCAGUCUUGACGAAAAGUGAAGAAGGAGACAGCCCAUGAAGAAAAUGACAACCUUCAACAAAAAUCAACCUUUGGUAACUUUUGCUGCUUUAUCAGAUCUACAAUAUGGCAAUUUUGAUGAUGGAUACAAUUUUCAAAAAACUAAAAAAAGAUAUUACAGAAAUUCUUUGGAAAUACAAAAGAAGGCUGUUAAACAAUGGAAAGAAAUGAGUCCAGAAGUAGAAUUUAUUGUUCAUUUAGGUGAUAUAAUUGAUGGAUUUAACAAACGUCAUGGAAUAUCACAAUCAUCUUUGGACUGGGUGAUAAAAACAUUUGAGAAAUUUAGAGUUUAUCAUUUGAUUGGUAAUCAUGAACUCUAUAACUUUACACGUACUGAACUUAUCAACACUCCACUGUAUUCAGCUGGUUUGAAAGAGUGUCAAGAUUUUUCAUCUCCUAAUACCUCAUUUUAUUAUACCUUUCUACCACAUGCAUGCUUUCGAAUCAUUGUUCUGGAUUCCUAUGAUAUAUCAGUUAUUGGCUGGCCAGAGUCCAGUGAAAAACAUCAGCUAGGGUUGAGGUAUCUAGAUAAUAAUGUUAAUGAUGAUAAAAAUUCACCUGGUAAUAUGACUGGGUUAGAUAGAAGAUUUGUAAAGUUUAAUGGUGGUGUAAGUGACGACCAGUUACAAUGGUUAGAGAAGAUUUUAAAACAUAGUCAAGAUAAGAGAGAAAACAUACUGGUAAUAGGUCAUCUUCCUAUCUUGUCAACACCAAUAGAUACUAUGAAUUUACUUUGGAACUAUGAUGAAGUUUUAAACAUUCUUCACCAAUAUUCCUGUGUUAUAGCUUACUUCUCAGGACAUGAUCAUGAUGGAGGAUUUGGUAUAGAUGAUCAUAACAUACCACAUUUAACAUUUCCUGCUAUCUUAGAAUGUCCACCAGAUAGUGUUCCACCACUAGCUACACUUAAACUAUAUACAGAUACAUUACAGUUGACAGGACAAGGACAAAUAAAAGAUAUGAAUUUCAAAUUAACUUUCCCUAUAGAAUCUUGAUUUUAGUACAUGUAUGCAUAUAGUUAUUGUGAUUUAUGACAUUCCAACCUCAUUUGAAAAUGAUUUUAAUUGUCAUCCUCUUUCUGUUUAAUAAAUGACACACUAAUUGGGAUUUUUUUUCUAUGUAUGUCAUAUAUGCUUUAUAGUUAUCCAUAUAUGAUUUACUAUAAAACUGCAAUGCAUGGAAAGGAUGUUGUUCAUAGACCUUCAUCUUGAAAUAGAUUUUUAAUUUUUAUUACGAAUGAAUAGAAACUAGUCAAUGUCAUGUAUUAUCAUCAAAACAAAUGAAAUUCAAAUCUAGGUCAUCUUCCAUUGUAGAAAGACAAUCUUUUACAUUUAAUUUACUCUCCUGUCUUAUUCUAUCUUGUUCCUGCUUUAAUUCUUUUCUUUUCUGUUUUUUGACAUCUUUAUGUUGUUGUUUAUCUGGUGCUGUGACCAUUUCUUUCAAAUUCUCAUAAAAUCUGGAAAAAAAGUUGAAUAUUUACUGGUAUAUUUAAUUUUGAGAUUUUAAGCAUUUGUAAUUAUAUUUUGUCCAUUUAAAUUUUCUAAACAAUAAAAUGAUUUUCAUAUG